AGAGAGAGAGGGGGGGGCCGGCAUGCCAGCACCAGAAGCAGACCGGCACCGAGCCAGGACCCGACCCGCGGUCCGAACCCGAGUCCCGCUCCGGCAGCUCCUCCGGGUCGCGUCGGUUGCAUGCGGAAUUCAAUUCGGGUGGGCUCUCCAGCUCUCGCUCCUGACCCCCUACGUUCAAGAGCUCGGAAUCCCUCACGCUUGGGCCAGCGUCAUAUGGUUGUGUGGGCCCUUAUCGGGCCUCGUGGUCCAGCCCCUGGUGGGCCACAUGAGCGACCGGUGCAACAGCCGCUUCGGUCGCCGGCGGCCCUUCAUAGUCGUCGGAGCUGCCUGCAUCGCCGUCGCCGUUCUCAUCAUCGGAUACUCCGCCGAUAUCGGGUACUUGCUCGGCGAUCGAGGCGGCGGAGUCAGGCCCAGAGCCAUUGGCGUGUUCGUGUUCGGGUUUUGGAUUCUGGACGUGGCCAAUAAUGUGACUCAGGGUCCUUGCAGAGCUCUCCUCGCUGAUCUCACUGCAAAGGAUUAUCGAAGAACUCGAGUGGCAAAUGCUUAUUUCUCUCUGUUUAUGGCGGUUGGUAAUGUUCUUGGCUAUGCAACUGGAUCAUUCAGUUACUUGUACAAGGUUUUUCCAUUUUCAAUUACUCCUGCAUGCAAUAUUAACUGUGCAAAUCUCAAGUCUGCUUUCUUGGUCGACAUUGCCUUCAUUGUAAUUACUACGUGUGUAAGCAUAUCAGCAGCUCAGGAAUUACCUCUGAGUUCAAGCAACAGUACUACACCCUUUUCUGAGGAAGGGCCAGGACAGUCGAGCCAUGCUGAAGAAGCUUUUCUCUGGGAACUUUUUGGGACUUUUAGAUAUUUCUCAGGGUCUAUAUGGAUAAUCCUACUAGUUAUUGCUCUAAACUGGAUCGGGUGGUUUCCAUUUCUUCUCUUUGAUACCGAUUGGAUGGGUCGAGAGAUUUAUGGUGGCAAGCCAAAUGAAGGGUUAAAUUAUAAUACAGGUGUUAGAAUGGGUGCUCUUGGUCUGAUGUUGAACUCAGUUGUUCUUGGUAUAACUUCGGUGCUUAUGGAGAAGCUUUGCAGGAAAUGGGGGGCUGGUUUCGUGUGGGGGAUUUCAAACUUUCUCAUGACUCUUUGCUUUCUUACAAUGCUUGUUAUUACAUAUGUGAACAAGGGUAUUGGCAUUGUGGGCCAUGAUUCGCCUCCAGAUGGCAUUGUGAUAGCCGCACUGGUUGUUUUUGCAAUUCUUGGUGUUCCAUUGGCGAUCACAUACAGUGUUCCAUACGCCUUGAUUUCUUCUCGUAUCGAGUCUUUGGGACUUGGCCAAGGGUUAUCAAUGGGUGUACUGAAUCUGGCAAUAGUAAUCCCACAGGUGGUGGUAUCCCUGGGAAGUGGACCAUGGGAUCAGCUAUUUGGUGGUGGAAACUCUCCAGCCUUUGUCGUGGCAGCAGUUGCAGCCUUAGCCGCAGGGCUGCUGGCCAUCUUGGCUAUUCCGCGGUCUGCUCCUCAGAAGCCCAGAGCUUUCACAUGAGCAAUUAUAUGGAUGUUGAGCUCAACUUCCACUUGAAGUGCUUCCAUUCAGCAAAUUGUACAUCAGAGCUUCUUCAAUAUAUAUAAUUCCUAUUUGAAAUUGAGGACCGUCUCCUGCUGAGCACUUGAUGAAAUCCCUUUGUCAGAAUCAUAAUUUUGUUUAGACAUUGGGAGUCCAUUUGCAAUGGGUGAUGUUAGACCUCUCGUUUUUAGAAGUGUGAUGGGAAACAAGUUAGUCAUAAAGCGAUAAUCUUUCGCAGACGCUGGCAAGUACAUUGAUGUAAUAGCUGUCACUAGUGCCUGAUGAGACAAGUUAUCUACAAUUAGUGGAGAAUUUCUUCAAUGAAAAUCAGUCCCAUCUGCUGGAUUGUGGCAAAUUGCCAUGGAAAAGUAGGUGAAGCCUCAGCUGUAGAUUCUGAAAUUGCUCCUAGACUAGUUCCCUACCAACCAAAGAUAUGUUUCCGCUGUUUGAGAAUUAUUCCUCAUGAAAAUAUCGUAAUUCUCUUUCUAGGCAAAGUUGAUUGUGCGAUGGUGGUUUGAUUGUGAGGUAUUGGAAUCUCAUGCGUUUUUAUGCAUGAAUUUGUUGUAUGAAUAUGGCGAAAUGUUCUUGGUGGCCAACAGUGAAUAUGUGAAUUGUACUGAUUAAAACCUUGAUAGAGACAUGUCUUUUAUUCGCUGAUUUUAAAAUUUUUUUGUUGGAAA